AACCAGCAGACCACCGCCACGCAGAAGAAGUUGGAAGUGGGAAUUCUGGUCAUAUAGAGCUAUAGAUGGAUGCGCUAUUUCAUCUAUACUCAAACAGCAGCAUUAAAUAAAAACAACGGGUUGAGCUUCGAAGUAUUACUCACAUCUCACUUACACUAGUUGGCCUGCAACAAUGGCUCGCCGCGGGGAUACGCGCUCACCAUCACCUGUAGGCAGCACAUAUUCGUCCUCCAAACGAAGCCGCAGAGAUGAGGAUCGACACGAGAGAAGCAGACGGGAUGAUGGGAGGUCAUAUCGUCGAUCGCGCAGUCCAAAUAGACACUAUCGCGACCGAGAUGGUUAUCGACGACGGGAUCGAUCCUUAGACAGACGGGACCGGGAUGAAUAUCGCGACGAAGAUAUUUACAGGCCAGCUAAACGCGACCGCCGGCGUUCUAGAGACCGUGAUGAUGAUCGCAAUUACCGACGCAGGAGUAGGGAUAGAGAAAUAAGUCGUGAUAGAGACGAUCGAAGCAGGCGAGAUCACUCCCGCGAUCGACCUCGAAAGCGCAUAGACGAUUCUACUGACUCGAGGCGAAAGCUCAGACGAGACAGCCGAGACCGCGUAUCAGUGAAAGAUUCGGACACGAAAUCCCGAGAGGGUUCGAAACCGUCAACUCCUGCUCCUACUACGCAGACCGACGAAGAGAAGAAAGCCGAACGACUUGCUAAGCUAGAAGCAUGGAAACAAAAACAGGCCGCCGAACGUGAGCGCAAGCAACGCGAGCAAGCGACAGCCGGUGGUGCUCGUAAUAUUCUGACCGAGAUGGACAAAAAAUCCGGGUUGCUACCAGCUACUGGUUCCCCCCAGUCCCCUGCUGCUACGCCAACCCAAGACUCACCAGCUGCUGAGUAUGCUGGGAAAUUCAACCCGAAGGCUAUUGCCAAGAAGGCUGCUGGUACAACGUCUGGAGCAGCUCUACUAGGCAAUGACGUUGCUGUCCCUGAUUCUGCUAGACCUGCUAGUUCGAUUGAGGCUAACAAGAUUGCAGUCCCUGGCAGUGAGACUUCCGCUCCGUUGAAAGCAAGCGGAAAUGUUGGCAAGUUCGGAUUAGGAUCCAAGGCGAUUGUCGAGGCGGAAAAGCCAGCUGCGAAGCGAACCUUAGUCUUUGGUGAAGAAGAGUCGACGCGCAAGAAACUCGAGAAAUUGCCUACUCCCCCCCUUGAAGACGCAAAAGACGUGGCUGCCGAUGCCGUUGUUGAAGAGGAGGAUUCAGACGUUGACAUGGAAAUUGGCACGGAGGAAGAAAAUGCUGCAGCAGCCCGUGCAGCAGCCGAGAAGCGUGAAGCCCGUUUACAAACCCAGCAAGCAGCUCUGAAUGCGGAGUCCAAUGGCGAUGUUCAAAUGGCCGAUGCAUCCAACGAUAUUGCAACUGAUGCCAAUGUGCCGGAGGAAGAAGAAAUUGAUCCUCUGGAUGCGUUCAUGUCUGGUUUGGCAGAAACAGCUCCCGCUAAAAGAACAAAUGGCAUGAAAUUUGCUAAAUCUAAGCAACAGCAACCGCAAGCUAUCUUCGGUGAUGAAAACGACAUGAAUAUUUCAGCCGUCGGCGAUGGCGACACAGACGAGUUCCUCGCAAUUACCAACAAAGCUAAGAAGAAGAAAGACAUCCCUGCCGUCGAUCAUGCCAAAGCGGAAUACGAGCCAUUCAGAAAAAGUUUCUACACUGAACCGCUCGAUCUGGCUCAACUGACAGAGGAAGAGGUAGCCAGUUUACGGCUCGAACUCGACGGCAUCAAAGUUCGCGGGGUUGAUUUGCCGAAACCAAUUCUCAAAUGGUCGCAAUGUGGCUUGGGUGUACAGACACUUGACGUCAUUAGUAAACUCGGGUAUGAAAGUCCAACUUCCAUUCAAUGCCAGGCUCUUCCCUCCAUAAUGUCUGGCAGAGAUGUCAUUGGCGUUGCCAAAACAGGUUCCGGGAAAACAGUCGCCUUUCUCUUGCCUAUGUUUCGUCAUAUCAAGGACCAACGUCCGCUCGAUAGUAUGGAAGGUCCGAUCAGUCUUAUAAUGACGCCAACCAGAGAAUUGGCAACACAAAUUCAUAAGGACUGCAAGCCGUUUUUGAAGGCUUUGAAUCUUCGGGCUGUAUGCGCUUAUGGUGGUGCACCCAUCAAAGACCAAAUUGCUGAACUAAAGCGUGGGGCAGAGAUUGUCGUUUGUACGCCUGGGCGAAUGAUCGAUCUCUUAGCUGCUAAUGCAGGACGUGUUACCAAUUUACGUCGAGUUACAUAUGUAGUGCUGGAUGAGGCAGACCGCAUGUUUGACAUGGGCUUUGAGCCACAAGUUAUGAAGAUCAUGACGAACAUUCGACCCACCAGGCAAACAGUGCUGUUUUCUGCCACAUUUCCUCGCAAUAUGGAAGCUCUUGCACGAAAAACUUUGACAAAGCCUGUUGAGAUUAUUGUUGGUGGGAAGAGUAUGGUUGCACCUGAAAUCACUCAGGUCGUGGAAGUCCGAAACGAAGAUACAAAAUUUCUACGACUCUUAGAACUCCUUGGAAACUUGUAUUCUGACGAGGCUAAUGAAGAUGCAAGAACGCUUAUCUUUGUCGAUCGCCAGGAAGCUGCUGAUAGUCUUCUACGUGAAUUGAUGCGUAAAGGCUAUCCCUGUAUGUCUAUUCAUGGUGGCAAAGACCAAAACGAUCGAGACUCAACCAUUGAGGACUUUAAAGCUGGUAUAUUCCCAGUUCUGAUUGCUACUUCAGUUGCCGCUCGUGGUUUAGAUGUUAAGCAAUUGAAACUGGUUGUCAACUAUGACGCGCCAAAUCAUUUAGAAGACUAUGUUCAUCGUGCUGGACGAACCGGGCGUGCUGGAAACACCGGAACUGCGGUGACUUUCUUGACUGAAGAUCAAGAGCGAUACUCGGUUGACAUUGCCAAAGCCCUUAAGCAAAGUGGCCAGUCGAUUCCAGAACCAGUACAGAAAUUGGUAGAUUCUUUCUUGGACAAGGUGAAAUCCGGGAAGGAGAAAGCUUCUGCAUCUGGUUUCGGAGGUAAAGGUUUGGAACGUCUGGACCAGGAACGAGACGCUGCGCGGAAUCGGGAACGUAAAACGUACCGCACCGGCGAGGAAGGUGAGGAGGAAGAGCGUGAAGAGACAAAAGAAAAGAAAGGCGAAGAUCUCUUUGCCAAAGCUGCAUCGUCUGUGCAGUCCGCAACAGCUCCUCUACCGGGUGUUCCAAAGGGCAUUGACCUUGACGGCAAGAUCACCGUACAUAAGACAGAAAGACCUAUUUCAAAGACAAACGAUCCACUCGACAAGGUUGGCUCGGCUGUUGCCGAUAUUCAUGCUCGGUUGAAUCGUGCUGGCGUGAUGAGGACCGGCGUCCCCAUUGACAACAAAGGUCCUGAUGCUGGUGCCUUCCACGCGACGCUGGAAAUCAAUGACUUUCCUCAAAAAGCUCGUUGGGCUGUUACCAACCGUACGAACGUCGCCAAAAUUCUCGAAGCCACCGGCACAUCGAUCACAACAAAGGGCAGCUAUUACCCCACAGGCAAGGAGCCUGGUGUUGGCGAAAACCCGAAGUUGUACAUCCUUGUCGAGGGUGACACGGAAUUGGUCGUCACCAAUGCUAUGCGCGAACUAAUGCGUCUGCUGAGAGAAGGCACAAUCGCAGCAGCGGAUAGUGAAGCUAGGGCGCCAACCAGUGGCCGAUAUAACGUUGUCUAAGCAUAUAUCAUUAUUAAUUUUAUUAUAUUCGUGGUUUGGGAGGAAAUUAGCGUUUCGAAUAUUUGAGGCGCUUUUAUUGCCUGUUAUUGCAUUAAUGUAGAUAGAGAUAAUCAAACACUAAUUGUGCCAAACAUUCAGAUUUCGCAUGCGGUUAUUCACUACAUUAGAAUUACGAGGC